AUGGAGCCGCCCAGCCAGUCGAUGGUGUCUCCAUCUAACCCGGGUUCGGCGCAGCUUCAGUCUGCGGAAACUGGCCAGGCGGUGCCCAUCCGGCGACGGGCCCCAAUCGCUUGCCGAAGAUGCCGCCGUAUGAGGAGCAAAUGUCACCACGAUAAAGCCAAACCACCGUGCCGGUCUUGUGAAGAUGCCGGUCUCGGCCCUGGCGAUUGCAUCUUCCCCGUCCGCGGCCAACCAGAUCAAGACCGCGAGUAUCGGCACCCUCGAGUGAGGGCCGAGAAGAGCAAGAAGCGAGAGGAAACCAAAGCUCGCCGUGAGAGCCGGGACAGUCUCGGCGCGCCACGCGCGGGCCUCUCGAGUGCAUCUAGUCUCACUCGGAACUCUGACGAUUGGAAUCUUCUGCCUCCAUUACCGGAGACAAUCGCGUCGGUGGCCCAAUUUACUCGCUACUACUUCCAACUCGGCUUCAUCCCAAAACAACUGUUCCCAGAGCGCCUCCGGACCCAGCACCGAUCCGUUAGCGUCUUUUUCUUGUUGGGUAUUCUCAGCAUCUCGGCUCGACUGACGCCGGCGUUGGUCGAGCGGUAUGGAAGCGCAGUGCAGGCUUCUGAGACAUUCAUGGAACGCGCUUCAGCCCUCGCCCAAAAUGAGCUCUACAAGGAGCCUUCUCUCGAGAGAUGCCAGGGGUUUUACCUGCUGAGCAUCGCGCAACAAGGGAGCGGGAUGAAACACCGGAGCUCGAUCAACAUGGCGGUUGCGAUGCGAAUGGCAACCUUGAUGCAGUUACAUCGGGAAGAGACGUAUGCCAUUCCGAAUCCCACCAAAGAUUUGAUUAGGCGGGCGGAAUCCGCUCGGAGGACUUUGUGGAUGCUGCAUAGCCAGGAUAACCUGCACUCGGGGCCUCAUUCACCCGUGUUGUUGUCGGCUAGCGAUAUUACAGCUCUGCUUCCUAGCAACGAGGACGACUUUGCGAACGCACGAGAACCAAAGUCGAGGGCCGCCCUUGAAGGCACACCGCCGGCUCUCGAGAAUCCUGCCCUCGUUGCCGACGUAGGGAGAUCCCUGUUCGCUACACUCAUCCAGGUACACCAAUACUGGGGCGCCAUCUACCGGCGAGCUGUCAACAACAAUCGGAGCCCCGAGCCAUGGAACCCGACUAGCGAGUAUGCCCAAAUGGAAAGACGGUUAGCUGACUGGGAAGAUGGGCUCCCGAACGACCAUAGAUGGAGCCCUCUCCUUCUCAAGGGUUACAAACACGAAGGACAAGACCUGGGAUACCUGAGUGUGACCAUGAUCACACGCCUCUGCAACAUUGUCAUUCGCAAAGCGUACCUGCACGAGAUGAUAUCUGACAAUAAAUCCGAUCCUGAGCUGACGGGUUUUUGGCACAAUAUGGCGACCAAGCUGUUUUGGAACGUAAGCAUCCUGUACGAACAAAUCGAAACGCACUACGCGGAUAGAUCCCGAGAGGAAGGCCCGGGGGCCCAAAUGGCUGUGUUUUGCUACUACACCUGUGGUGUUUUGGCGUGCUAUCUGUGCAAGUUUACGAAUAUCUUUUACGAUUUACCGAUCACACGAAAUGCUCCCGUGAUGGUCCAACGCAUCCUCUCGAUUCUUGCCGACACCCAGAACAUAUGGCCUUUAUCAUCUCGUUGGUACGAUCAUCUAGAAAGGUUCCAUAAAUCCCAAAACGCAACGACCGCUGGGGCAGAAGGGAGCAUGGAUGAUAGCAGAGAACCAAUCCCCCAUGUUCUUCAAGCAACGCCAAUUCGCCCAGCUGUCAAGCCGAUCCAACCGCGCCUCUCAACUCCGGCUACCGACAGCAAAAGCGGCAUUCCAACCCAAACGCCGAACACGACGGCCCCUAACACACAACAGCAGCCCGGACCGACAACGGUGUACCCGGACCCAAGCCUCCGUCUCCCUGUUCCCCAACCGCAGCAUGUGCCCAACAUGCCACCGCCACCACAACAAGUCAUCGUCCCUCAUGGAGGCCAAGCACCACCACAAGUGGCCGGGGGCCAGCAACGGCCGGCCGCUGACGGAUUGGGGCUGCUCAUUGAAGCCUUUGAUACUACUCACCAGACUGCCGCGACGCCGGCGCAAGGCGUCUCGGGGAAUGGCGCGCCACCGCCACCGCCGCCAGGGGCCGUUUACGAUCCUCACGCGGCACCACAGGGAUACUAUCCACAGCAGGCACUGGCUAUGAAUGACGGGUACGAGCAUGAGCUGGGAUACUACAUGUCGGACGGGGUCUCAACGGGCAUUCAACACCAGAGCUGGGCUGGAGGUGGUGAUAUGUACGGCUAUUGA